AAAAUGGGAUAGCCAAAUCUAAGGUACUCUAAACCUCCAGAAGAUAGUUUGCAAAUUUUAUUACCUAUCAGAAAUAGUCUUGAAGUAAAGUUAAAAUAUAAUAUAUUUAUAGCCAAUUUCAGUGAGAUUAGAUCCAUCUGCAUAAUAUCCUCCUUUAGAUUAAAAAGAAUGGGGAUAAUUUCUUUAUUAAAUUAAUACCUCCAUUGAUAAGAAAAAUAAGUUGAAUCUACUUAAUGAUAGUAAUUCAUUUUAUUUAUAUAUAGACUAUAAAGCGUAGAUUCUAUAUUAAUACUUAAAAUCAAAAAAAAAGAAUGUGGAGCCUGCUAUUUUGGGAACAGAAUAAGGAUUAGAGGAUUUGUUGAUUUAUUUGAGAAAUUUAUCCAAGCAAGAAUUAUCUAAAUUUAUUACAGAAAAAAAUCUUAUUGAAAAAUUAACAAAACUUAGUCAAACUGAUUGUGAAGGCCAUCAUGAUAAAGAAGUAUUAAAUGAUAUGUAUAUUAUUAGUGCCUACUGUUAAAUAUCAUAUUAUUGGCAUUAGAAUCAGAUAAUAAUCUUGAAAUUCCUACUUCAUCAUUAAAUGAAUUCUGUAUGAUUUUGAAUCCUUUGCAUAUAGUAAAUUUUUCAUUAAUUCUUGAAAUUUAUGUGUUAAUUUGCAAAUUUUAAACAGAUGAACGUAUGCUUUAAAUAGCUUUAGCUUGGUUGGACAUGAAACGUUUAGGUUAUUGGAAGUAUCCAAUAGAGCCUUUUAUUUAAUUACUUUAAAAUAAUAAGAGUGUUUUUGCAAUAGCAAGUAUGUGCAGAUUUUUAAAUUAUUUUAUGGAAGCACAUGCAGAUUAAACUUAUAGUUAUAAAUUGAAAAAAAGUUUUAUUUAAUAUGGAUUAAGAAUUUUACUUGAAGAUGUAAAGAGAAAAAUCUAAAGUGGUAGUUACUAAAUGUAAGAUUGCACUUAUGCAGCAAUGGAUUAAUAACUAAUGGAAUAUUAUUUGAUAUAAAAAGAGAAUUCAACAAGAAAACGAAAAAUAUUACCUCCAGAUGGUAAACCUGUAGAGUUAAGUAUUUGUGCAAAAUUAUGUCACGAAUUAUUUAUUGAAUUAAAUAAUCCAAAUGCUCCAUUAAAAUUUUAGAAGAUAUGUGAAGAAGCAAUAGCAUAGAUAGAUGCAUUUUUAUUUUUAACAGAGGAGAUUAAUGAUGAAUUGAAAAAUUAAAAAUAACCAUAAAAGAAUGAAAAUAAUUUAAGUCAAUUUCGAAGAUCUUAAUCUAUAUCAAAUAUUUUUGAAGGUGAAGAUUCAUAAGAAAUAAGAAUUCCUAAUUUAGAUUACCAUUCUUUAAAUACUUAAGUAAGAGAAGCAUUGACAAUAUAAGAUGCAGUUAAAAUACUUGAUGAUUAUGUGAAUUAAUAAGCAAAUGUAGGAGUGAAUCCAGUUUCUUAAUUAAUUUAGACAGCUGCUUAGAAAUUAUUAGAAUUAAAAAAAAAUGAUCCUGCUUAAAUGGAAUUAGCAGAAGCUGAAAAAAAAUGUACAUAAUUAGAAGGUCAAUUAAGAAAAAUAUAUGAAUAAAAAGACAAAUAUUUUUAAGAAAUGAAAGAAUUAGAAAAUAAACUAGAACAAUAAUCUAAAUUAAUUUAAUAAUUACAAUCAACACCCUCAAUAUCAUUAAAUGUAACAACAUAAUCAUAACCAUAAUCUUUUACAAGUCUACCACCUCCACCUCCACCUCCACCUUAAACAACAGUAGCUCAUCCUCCACCACCACCACCACCACCACCUAUUUAAGGAAGUGCAUAAUCUGCACCACCACCACCACCGCCACCACCACCUCCUCCUCCUGGUGGUGCAAAUCCUCCUCCUCCUCCACCACCACCUCCUCCUGGUGGUAGAGCACCUCCUCCUCCUCCUCCUCCACCUGGUGGUAGAGCACCUCCACCUCCUCCUGGGGCUGUAGCUAUUUAAGCAAAAAAAAAAUGUGCUCCUACUAAACCUAUGAAGUAAGUUCCAUGGGUUUUAAUUAAAGAAGAUAAAAUUAAAGGAACUAUUUGGGAAAAAUUAGAUGAUUCAAAAAUUAAAUUAGAUAUUGAAUUAUUAGAAGAAAAAUUCUCUAGACCUGAAACAAUUUAAAGAUAAUAAUCUACUAUUGCAUAACCUAUAAAACCAUAAAAAGUAUCUCAAUUAUCUAGUGAAAGAUGUAAAAAUGUUGAACUUGUGAUCUCAAGAUUAAAAUUAAGUGCUUUUACAUUAAAAGAAGCAUUAUUAACCAUUGAUUAUGAUGUUUUAACAGAAGAUAAAGUUGGAAUGUUGAUUAAUGCUGUUCCUGAAAAAGAAGAAUAAGAAUUAUUUUUACAUUAUUAACCUGAAGAUAUUAAUUUAGUUGCUGUUCCUGAUUAAUUCUUUAUGGAUUUAAGUCCUGUACCAUAAAUUAAGUUAAGAGUAGAAGCAAUUACAGUAUCAUAUGAAUGGAAAGAAUUAUCAUAAACUAUUAAUGCAAAAUAAGAGAAAAUUAGAGUAGGAAUUAAAUUGUAGAGAGAAGAUUAAAAAUUACCUAUAUUAUUAGAAUAUUCAUUAGCACAUGGAAAUUAUUUAAAUGGUUAAUCAGCUAAAGGAGGUGCUAGUGCAUUUAAAUUAGAUAUUAUGUCUUAAUUAGAUGACGUUAAAUCAAAUGAUAAUAAGACAAACUUAUUAAUUGUAAUCUUAGAAAAAGUUGAAAGAGAAAUAGGAUGUUUAUAUGAUGUGGAAUUUUUAGCAAAAAUAGAUUAUGAAUUCUUAUCAAAAAUAUCUCUUUCUACAAUAAAUUAAGAUUUAACUGAAUUGAAGAGAAUGUAAAGAAUUGUUGAAAGAGCAUAGAAAUCAUAAGGAGAAGAUUCAAAUGACAAAGCUGCAGAAAAGUAAUAUUUAUAUAUUAUAAUUAGAUUUAAAAUUUUAUUUGAUCAAUUAGAAGAGGCUUGUGGAAAGAUUGAAAAAAAUAAUAAAGAAUUAGAAGUACUUUAUAAAGAUUUGGUUACUCAUUAUUGUGAAGAUUCAAAAACAUAAUCAGAUGAAUUUUUUGCUAAAAUUGAAAGAAUUUGGACAGAUUAUAAAAAUGUAAGAAUAUAUUAUAUAGUUAGGCAAAAGCACAAAUGGAUAGAACAAAAUAAGCUUAAUAAAAAGAAUAGGAGAAAUUGAUGAGAUCAUAAUCAUAACAUUCCACUUAAAUAUUGAUGACAUAAUCUGUGAUGUAGGUUUAGUCUACAUAAGAUGAAUAAGUACAAUAAUAAGAGAAGCCAUAACCUGCUCCAGUUGCAGACAAGAAGGAUCCAAAAGAAGUAUUAGCAGAGUUAAAAAUGUUGCAAUCGAAGAAAGCAGAAUUAGCAGCUAAGAGAUAAUAAUAGUAAAAAUGAAAAUAUUAUAAAAUCAUAA